CGCACUACGGCGCAUCCUCCCGGCGUGGGUCCGCCAUGUCACCGCGCAAUGGCCGCCGUACCGGGGCUCACCGGGCGCACUCGUUGGCCCGGCAGUUGAAGACGAAGCGGCGCCGACGAGACCUGGAUGAGAUUCACGGGGACCUACGGCCCGAGAACGCUGCUCGGUUGCUGCGGCAGGAACCCGACCCCGACCUGCCCGGCUGCGCCCAGUUCUACUGCCUGCACUGCGCGCGCUACUUCGUGGACCUGACCAGCAUGAAGGAGCACUUCAGGUCCAAGGUGCACAAGAAGAGGCUGAAGCAGCUGCGGGAGGCACCGUAUACACAGGAGGAGGCUGAGCGCGCCGCCGGCAUGGGCUCCUACAUCCCCCCGAAGAAGGUGGAAGUGCAGACCCAACCGCUCGAGGAAGUCGUCGAGAUGGAGGCAUCCAGCUGAGCGCAGCGGACUGAGGGGCCGGGCGGCUCCGUAAGGGCAUCUUUGUCUUCAGCUUUGUGAGGAAAAAAAGUGCCCCGGCGCAGCCUGCCAGCAAGCAAACGCGCCGCUCCUCCUUGCCAGCCCUCCUCGCCAGAGCACUAAUGAGGAGAAGGAGCCAGCGAGACCCCGGGUGCCCUCGCUGUGCAUCCUUCUUCUCGGGGAAGGGGCAAGCGGCUUGUUCCCUAAGCGCUGGCAUGACUGUACACUCGUCUCUUUGUUUUUA